AUGGCUACCUGCUGGUUCCAGAAGGAGAUCGUGCUCAAGGCGCCCAGCCGCGGAUUCCAUUUGGUGACGCGGGAGGUUGAAAAACAGCUACCAGAGCUGGCUCAAGUGAAGGUCGGGAUGGCGAAUCUGUUUAUCAAACAUACGUCAGCGUCGCUCAGUAUCAAUGAGAAUUGCGACCCCGACGUUCGAACCGACAUGGAAGGAGCGUUCAAUCGCAUCGUGCCGGAAUCGUGGAACAAAGAUUUAUUUCGGCACACGGAUGAAGGCGACGAUGACAUGCCGGGACAUGUCAAGUCGACGUUGAUCGGUGCGUCGGUGAACAUCCCGAUCACGAAUGGCAAAUUCAACCUCGGGACGUGGCAAGGCAUCUACUUGUGCGAGCACCGCAACGUGGGCGGCUGGAGAUCUGGCCACCAGCGCAAAGUGGUGGUCACUGUCCAAGGAUCUUCGGCAUGA